AUGCGUGCCCCGUCCCCGCUCGUCCUUUGGAGCUGGGGCUCACGACCCGGACCACGCAAAUAUCUCCAGCCAACCAAUACUACGCGACCAUUUUAUAGAACCGUAGCAAGCUAUACACAUCCUCACCAUGCCUCAGCCCUCUCCAUCCUCCCCACAGCAGUGGAUACCUCCUCAGACGAGUAUCGCGAAAACAGCGAACAAAUGCAAGAACUCUUAGACCGGAUGAACAGCCUACACACCAAAAUUGCACGCGGAGGACACGACAAAGCGCGCGAGAAGCAUAUCGCACGCGGCAAAAUGCUCCCAAGAGACCGCAUCUCCGCCCUAGUCGACCCAGGCACCUCUUUCCUCGAGCUAUCAGCACUUGCAGGACACGGUGUCUACGACGAGGAUGUUCCAGCGGGCGGAAUAAUCACCGGCAUCGGGAUGGUCGAGGGUGUUAACUGUAUGAUUGUUGCUAACGACAGCACCGUCAAGGGCGGCACCUACUAUCCCAUCACAGUAAAGAAGCACCUCCGCGCACAGGCGAUUGCACAAGAGAACCGCCUCCCCUGUAUCUACCUCGUUGACUCUGGUGGCGCAAACCUGCCACACCAGGCAGAUGUGUUCCCAGACCGCGAUCACUUCGGCCGGAUCUUCUUCAACCAGGCCCGCAUGAGCUCCCUCGGGGUCCCACAACUGUCCGUUGUUAUGGGUCCCUGCACAGCGGGCGGUGCAUAUGUACCUGCUAUGAGCGACGAGACUAUCAUCGUUGAGAACCAGGGCACAAUCUUCCUAGCAGGCCCGCCUCUCGUCAAGGCCGCGACGGGGGAGGAGGUUUCCGCCGAGGACUUGGGUGGCGGCCAGUUGCAUUCGAGCAUUUCCGGAGUAACUGAUUACCUGGCUGUCGACGAUGCACAUGCUCUUGUCCUUGCUCGCCGCUCUGUCGCAAAUCUCAACUACCCUACCACGACAAUUCCGCUCCAGCUGGAGAACGGAAAUGGAGAUUCGCUUGUCGUGAAAGAACCGCUGUACGACCCUAAUGAGCUAAACGGAAUCGUGGGAACGAAUCUACGUCGCCAGAUCCCCGUCCACGAGAUCAUUGCGCGAAUUGUCGAUGGGAGUGAAUUCGCCGAGUUUAAGCGUGAUUAUGGCUCGACCCUGGUAACAGGCUUUGCCCGCAUUCAUGGCCACCGUGUCGGUAUCGUUGCUAACAACGGAAUUUUGUUCUCCGAGUCCUCGCUCAAGGGAGCGCACUUUAUCGAACUAUGUGCGCAACGGCGAAUCCCUCUUGUCUUUUUGCAGAAUAUCUCAGGCUUCAUGGUCGGCGCCGAUGCUGAGAAGGGCGGCAUCGCGAAGAACGGUGCCAAGCUUGUCACUGCCGUUGCCUGCGCCGAUGUCCCCAAGUUCACAGUUGUGUUUGGGUCCAGCGCUGGUGCUGGUAAUUACGGGAUGUGCGGUCGUGCCUACUCGCCUCGUCUUCUCUUCAUGUGGCCUAAUGCUAAGAUCGGCGUUAUGGGUUCUGAGCAACUCUCUGCCGUUAUGAAGGCUGUCGGACGAACCGCCGAUCCCACUUUGAAAGAACGCAUUGACCGCGAAUCCGAAGCGACCUUUUCAUCAGCUCGUUUGUGGGAUGAUGGAAUCAUCCCACCGUCUCAGACGAGGAAGAUGCUGGGCUUGGGUCUGGCAGCUGCGCUUAGUGGCAAGGCUGAGCCCGAUGUGCAAACCAGGUUUGGCGUGUUCCGGAUGUAA